GCUUAUUGUACCGUACAUUGUGAUAGGCUUCUAUAAUAAUUUAUUGCUAAUAGCUAUUAUUAGCUAUAGUAGCAAGUAGCUACAACUUCCUAUAUAAACAAUAUUAGACAGUUAUAAAUUAUAAAUAUUAUAGUCCAUACUCAAUAGUUAUAGUCAGUAAGUUGCAGUCAUAGACUAUUUAGUAAUUUGUUGCGGCGUUCUGUCGCUAUCGGCUGUUGAUUGUUGUGCACUGUGCAGUCGUCACUCGUCAGUCGUUACUCGUUAGCAGUGUCGAACUGUCGUUCGAGAUAAUGUGUCAUGUGUGCAUGUGUCAUUAAUUAAUAAUAAGUGGAGCGGAGCAACGUGUGUGUCUCCUUUGAAAAAAAAAAUUGUCCGUACCUAUUAUUUAUUUUUUUUGUCGCAUCCCCUCCCUGCGACCUUGUGCGCGGUGCGUAUUGUGUCGAGUGUAGACUAUCGGCGGUUAUUCAUUUCGUCGUAAAUUAUUCCUGACAAAGACGUUUGUUUUGCCGUCGUGUAAAGAAUACAAAAUCCUUAUCCGUCUAAUUUUUGCUGAUUCGGGUAAUAUUAUUAAGUACUAACGCUUCUUUGUUCGUUGAAUGAGCUGUGUGUUCAGUCACGCGAGUGCUCCGCUGCGAGCAAAUGUACUAAAUUGACAGCAUCAUUGACCGGAAAAUACUGUACACACUCCGAACACAGUCAUGGAUUUCAAAUACCUGUUGGUGUGCGUGGUGUUAUUGAUUCCAACUAGCAGUGGUGUGUCCUUUGAUGAUGUUGAUGACGUCUUCGAGUUGACUACCAAAGUGUUCGAUUUAGUCGGCAAGUCGUGGGAGAUUGCUGACAAUAUGGAAGAACGUUUGGGCAGUGAAAAUACUCCACUCGUGUGGUUUACAAAAAAAAAAGAACGUAAGAUCUUAUCCUACUUUGGACAUAUCACUCACCUUGUGCAAAUGACCCAAAAAGAAACAAAUGACAUAAGGACUAUGAUGUUGGUUAGUCUUAAAAGGCUGCAAUCCAUGCCUGAUGCUGUUUUGAACGGAAUGCAAAUUAAUGAACUUUUGGAGUCUGUCAGAUCAAUUGAAAAUGAUUUUAGUACUAUGGAAGAGUAUAGAUAUGAAGAUAAAGAUAAGAAUGAAAAAAAUGAAAAAAAUGUAAAUCUUGCAUAUACAUCUUAUACAUUAGAGAAAUUUGCUGAUGCAAUGUUAACAUACUCAGCGGGAUCUCCUCAUAAGCAAUUGGCAAAAAUUCACUCUUUCAUUGUUCCGGAAUGGGAAGGAUUUAAAUUUCAUACACAUGGCGGUAUUUUCAAUAUUUUAAGACACACUAUGGAAAAUAGUGACACACUUUGUGAUCAAAAACAAUCAUUACAGCAGCUGAUUUACAAUUUGUACACAACAUUGCAUCUUACUCAGUUAAAAGGAUUUUCUGUUAUGCAAUAUUCAUGGAUGUUAUUGCAAACGUAUGGAAAAGGAAAUUUUACAUUUGAAAGAACAAAACAAAUGGAACAUUUUGAGAAAAAAAUCAUUGAACAACUUGAUGCCUUAAAAUCUUCGAUCAUUUCUGCAAGUAAUAUAUACUGGAGAUGUGACCCAGCAAAACAUGUAAAAGAUAUAACUUAUUCAGAAGUUACACAGUUAUUACAGGGUUAUAUAGAAAAUGAAGCUGAUAUGAACAGAGAGCAGAGCUGCAUGAAAGACUGUUCAUACUAUGAAGUUGCAGAACAUAAAUCAUGUUUUAGAGAUCAAUUUUGUGCUAAACAGCGUGUUUGUAAUGGACGUUUAUUAAAUUGUCAGUAUUUUGAUUCUGACAUGAGAAUUUGUCAAUCUACAUUUGGAAGCAGUAGGCGAUAUGAUUAUAUUGCAUAUGAAAAAGGUAAAGUCUUGGGUGAUUCAUCAGUUGAAUGCAAAGGUACAUCAAGUAUGGUAGACAGCUGGUGGACAUUUUUGGUUUGGCAUUGUUCUUACUGUUUUUGCAUUUGCGAUUCAAAUGAUUCUGGUUCUGAUAGAUACUUCAGUUUAAAACCAUCAGUAUCUAAUAUUAAUAACAAUAUGGUUAUAACCGGUGUGAGGUUCAUUAAAGUGAAACAAAUGUUCCAUUUGCAAGUCCAACAAGGUGAACUUGGCCCUCGAGGAGGAAUAAGUGAAUCCUCCCGACAAUGGAUUGAAGUACCUAGUUAUGAGUUUUCAUAUAAGAAUAAAACAUUAAAAGAUGGUGUUGACUAUCAUACAUUAACAUAUGAAUCCCGCAUUAUUGAUAUUGAUAAUGUAAUUGCUCCUGAAAAUAUGGUUGUGACAGGAUUAAAAUUUAGAAAGAUUGGAUCUCACCUUAAUAUAGAAGUCCGCAUAACUCCUUUUGAUUUUAUGACCGGUGAACUUAUUGAACCUGAGUUGAAAAGUUAUUGGAUCGGAAAUGAAAACACUGAACUGUCCAUAAAUCCAAGAACCGAAAUUGACAUAAAUAAUUCAGAUUUGCAAACCAAAUCAAGUACUGCAUCUGAACCAGAUAUGUCUUCAAAUAAAUUCAUUAAGUUUACACAUUCAUCUAUUGACCGUGAUGUUGCACAAACAACAUUACCUUUUAUUGACAUGCAGACAGUAGCACCAUUUCCUGGAGUGCCACUUUCUGGAAUAGGAAUUUACUAUAAAGGAACAAAAAGUUUUGGUGGAUUUAUUGGGGCUAAUGUUUUUACUUACAAUUUAAGUAAUAACAUAAAUCCCAAGUUAUUCCAAAUACAUACAGUUUAAAAGUGUUAAUUAUUUUAAUCUGUAUUCUGUAAUAUUAAGUACCUAAAUAAACUUAUAACAUUAAUUAAUCUCAAUUUGUAUAAUGAUUAAAUACUAUGCCUAUAAAAUUGUGCCAAAAUAAAACUAGCAUAUAACUUUUAUUUUAUCUGAAUUGCAUAUAUUUUAAUUUAAGCCAAGAUUUACAAAUAUUAUUUUUAGUAUUGGUAAUUUAUACCUAUUUUUUGUUUUUAUUUUUAUUUGUUUUAUAUGUAAAGUUUGAAGAACAAAAGUCCUAAAAUUGUGAACAUUAUUAAUUAAGCACUAUGUUAUUUAAAAAUAUGCAUAUGCACUUUUCUUAACUAUUUUGUUCAUCAAUAUUUAAAUCUAUUAUGUAUUUUAUAUAAUUAAUAUAUGAUCAAAUAUAAUAUAUUAUGUAUUUUAUAUAAAUUAACUUAUGAUCAAAUAUAAUAUAUUAUAUAAUGUAAUUUUUUUUUUUUUAAACAGCUAUGCAAUCUGCCG